CAACGUACGAAUUUUUCAACGCAACGCUAACAGGCUAUUUAUUCAAGAUGGCGAGUUGUGAGCGAAUUGGUAGGGACAGUAUGGAUAAAAGCAUUACCCUCCCACCUGAUGAGAUAUUUCGGAACUUGGAGAAUGCCAAGAGGUUCGCAAUAGAUAUAGGGGGUUCUUUAACAAAACUUGCCUAUUAUUCUACCGUUCAGCACAAAGUAGCCAAAGUCCGGUCAUUUGACCACUCCGUAAAGGAAACGGAGGAUGACCCCCUGUACGAGAUCUCGGUCCAGGAGGAGAUCACCGCCCGUCUCCACUUCAUCAAGUUUGAGAACACCUACAUCGAGACCUGCCUGGACUUCAUCAAGGACCACCUGGUCAACACAGAAACCAAAGUCAUUAAAGCCACUGGAGGGGGUGCGCAUAAGUUCAAGGACCUGAUCGAGAAGAAGCUGAAACUGAAAGUGGACAAGGAGGACGAGAUGACCUGUCUGAUUAAAGGCUGCAACUUCGUGCUGAGGAACAUCCCCCACGAGGCGUUCGUCUACGUCAGACACGCCGACUCCGAGUUCCGCUUCCAGAACACGAACCCCGACAUCUUCCCUUACCUGCUGGUGAACAUCGGCUCCGGGGUGUCCAUCGUCAAGGUUGAGUCUGAAGACAAAUUUGAACGCAUCGGUGGAAGUUCGAUAGGAGGUGGAACAUUUUGGGGCCUGGGAGCUCUGCUGACCAAAACCAAAAGGUUUGAUGAACUCCUUCAGCUGGCCUCCAGGGGGCAGCAUACUAGUGUUGACAUGCUGGUCAAAGACAUAUAUGGGGGAUCUUAUGCCUCCCUGGGCUUGACCGGGGACCUCAUUGCCAGCAGUUUUGGGAAGUCAGCCACCGCAGACAAAGAGUUCUCCAAAGAGGACAUGGCCAAGAGCCUCCUGCACAUGAUCAGUAAUGACAUCGGCCAGCUGGCCUGCCUGUACGCGCGGCUGCACAACCUCAGCCGGGUCUACUUCGGCGGCUUCUUCAUCCGCGGACACCCCGUUACCAUGCACACCAUCACCUACAGCAUCAACUUCUUCACCAAGGGUGAAGUGCAGGCCCUCUUCCUCAGGCAUGAAGGCUAUCUGGGCGCCAUCGGGGCUUUCCUGAAGGGGGCGGAGGAAGACAACCCUAACCAGUACAGCUGGGGGGAGAACUACGCUGGAAGCUCUGGGCUGAUGAGCGUCUCUCCAGACCUGAACCCCAUGCAGCGCGCACGCAGUGGAACGUUUGACAUGCUGGAGAUGGACCGUCUGGAGAGGAAGCUGGUGAACCUGCCCCUCCUGCAGGACCCCUCGUCCUAUAUCCCCGACACGGUGGACCUGACGGAGGACGCCCUCGCCCGCGAGUACUGGCUCUUCUGCUUCGAGGACGCGCUGGACGGGGUGGUGAAGCGGGCAGUGGCCAGCCAGCCGGACCUUCCCCAGGCCGUGGAGCGGGCCGAGAAGUUCCGGCAGAAAUACCGGCACAAGCUGCAGACCCUGCGACAGCAGCCUUUUGCCUAUGGGUCCCUCACUGUCAGAAGUUUGUUAGACACGAGGGAACACUGUCUAAACGAGUUCAACUUUCCUGACCCCUACUCUAAGAUCAAACAGAGGGAGAACGACCUGGCCCUCAAGUACUUCCAGAAGGUGGUGAAGUCCCUAGAGAAGCUGAGCUGGGAGCAGAGGCAGUUUGCCCUGAUCAAGGGGCUCCUGGCCGGGAACGUGUUCGACUGGGGGGCCAAAGCCGUGUCUGAUGUGCUGGAGUCUGACCCAGAAUUUGGGUUUGAAGAAGCUAAACGACAGCUACAGGAGCGCCCGUGGCUAGUGGACUGCUUUGACCAAUGGAUCGAAAGAUUAAAGGGCCCCCCUCACACAUGUGCCUUGUUUUUCGUAGAUAAUAGUGGGAUAGACAUCAUUCUGGGAGUCUUCCCAUUUGUUAGAGAGCUUCUCUGCAGGGGCACGGAGGUUGUGCUGGCCAGCAAUUCUGGCCCAGCGUUGAAUGAUGUCACCAACAAUGAACUGCAGAUACUGACGGAAAGAAUAGCUGCUAUGGAUACUGUCAUUCAGACUGGCAUCCGGGACGACAGGCUGAUCUUGGUCCAGAGUGGAUCCAGUUCUCCAUGUUUAGAUUUGAGCCGCCUGGACAAGGUCCUGGCCACGGUGGUGCGGGAGCGGCACACGGACCUGGUGAUCAUCGAGGGCAUGGGCCGCGCCAUCCACACCAACUACUACGCCACGCUGUCCUGCGAGAGCCUCAAGCUGGCCGUCAUCAAGAACUCCUGGCUGGCCGAGCGGCUCGGGGGCAAGAUCUUCAGCGUGGUCUUCAAGUACGAGCAGCCGCCCCCGAGCCUGGACGGGCACCAGUGAGGCCCUCCGCCCCCCUCUGCCGCUGCCCCGGGGGCGCUGGGGAGAGAGGGGGAGGAUCCGCGUGUGUGUGUGGAGAAACACCCCUUUAAUUUGGGUGUUGUGUGUGGGGUUUUUUUUGAACUGGUGAAUCGCACAUUGGAGGAGUGGGGAGGGGGGUGAGCGGGAAUGGUGGGUUAGGGUCGAUGCUUCGCUGGGUUUGAUUUAUGAGGGUGCUGGCCUGCACCGUUUUAAUGAAUGUGAAUUUGAAUUGAUUGGUCCUCAAAAAAAACAAGGCAACAACUAAAUAUUGUGGGGUUUUAUUCUUGCGUCCAUGACAGCUUUCAAAAUGAUUUAAUUUUGCGCUGAGAUUGUCGAACUAUAUUUAGGAGCGGGCAAAGAGUUUUGGACUGAUUGGAUGGAACAUUUAUUGACAUUAUUGGUCGUACACAUCUCUGUGGCUGGGAAGUCUGUCUUCUCUGCUCACUUUCAAAACUUUGACGUUAAUGCCGAUGCUGGCUGCCAUGCCGACAGGCGCGUUAGCCGCGCUGUCGGUCGCGCUACAUAACUGCAUCGGGACAACGGCGCUCAUUCCCAGGGUGAGGGCAGCGUCAUUCCAACCGCAACCUCAAGAUUUUCACAGGGAAACCUCAUUGACCUUGUCUCAGCUGCUCGUGUGUGAGGUCCACUCGGUCGCGCUUGUUCUGGGUUUAAAAGCUUUGUUUUCUGGGAUUUAUAAAUGUCACGAGGUCUUUGAGAUUUCAUCCGUUUAACCUGUGUGUGACUCUAUUCGCUUGGACCUCUCUUGUAAGGUCAAUCACGCAACCGUUUCUGAAGCACACCCGUGUAGUUUUAAUUACAUAAUGAAGUAUUAAAUAACUCCUCUAGAAUUUUAACGAAAGCACUCGUCCGUGUUUGGUGUCACAUAAUUAUUCUCAAGCUGAUCAAUGCAAACUUUGUGAUAAUUCAUCAUUAGCAUGCCAUCCAUAACUAAUGGACUUCAGGGAAGCUGUUGGUAGUUUAUGUUGAGUAAACUAAAACUGCUUGUAAAAUCAAUAUGAAAUUGUGAUUAGCUUUCCAUCAAAACAAAUUAUAGCACUUUUACUGUUAACUUGUCAAUGUGCCUUGUUGUAGUAGUAUAGUUAGUUUUCUGAAGCCAUUUCAGUUUAAGUUCAGUUUCCAUUGAAGAAUCAGGGAAUGAAAAUAAUGGCAAGGUUCAAUGCAAGACAAGGCAUUAUUUAUUCAGUUCUGAUCACUGCUAUAGUAUUUUAACCUGUCAGUGUUUAAUAUCUGUUCAGACUGCCUGUUUUUCCCCUUCUCUUCAUUUUUGAGAGUUGAUUAUUAUAAGGGGCUGACUGUAGUUCUUUCAUAGUAUUUGUAGCUGAAGAGAGAGAUUUGAUGCAGUGGAUAUGCCUAGUUGUCUCAAGUGGAAGCAUACAACUAAUUGACAAGAAAGUUGUGUGAGCUCUUGUGGCCACUAGGUGUCAGUGUUGUACUAUAAAGGGCCUCAUGUUGAUCUGUAGAUAAAAUGUUCUUCUGGCUCACAAUGCGUUCAUUUCUUGUAAUGAAAUGUGUUCUCUGUGUGAUUCCACAGUAAUCAAGGCUAAACAAAUGUCGUCUUUUUCUUUUUUUGUCGCAGAGUUUGACGUCUGUUAAAUUGAUGCAAGUACAUUCAGUACAUUGAACCGAACACCGUGAUUGUCUAUCUAAAGCUUAUUGGUGCUUUUUCUUUGGAGAAUUAAUGCUUCUGCAAGUUCUUUGAUUUACUUUGUUUUUAAAUUAUUGUAAGAACAACAACCUCUGCAGCGCAGUGUGCUGAUGUUAAGGACUGUUCAGUGCAGUUUCUUUGUGCAUCAGUUGCUCUUGGGUGAGCAGUGUUGCGGAUGAUUGUGAUUCAGUGAAAACUUGCUCUGCUUUGAGCUGGGCAUUUCUCAGCCUUUGAGCAAUGCCUGAACAACCUGCGCAUUCACCAGCUGUGUGUGUGUGUGUGAGCCGAGCAGUGCGGCUGUACAUGCUCACGUCCACCAAUCAGAACGCAGGUUCAGCCGAACUCGAGCCUGAACAAAGCUGGUGCUAGUGUCCGUUUAUUUUUCAUUUGUGGUGGCUUUGUGUUUUCUGCGGGCUCACACAGUAUGAAUUUGUAUAACCACUUGCGUAUGUAUGUAUGUAUAUACAAUGUAAAUAUAUGUGAUUCAUUUGCAUAAUCUGAAAAUGUUUAUUUUAAAAGAGAAAAUCCAGUGUUGUGUGAAUAAAACAUGAUUGUGUUCUCUUGACAA